AUGAUAACCCUUCUAACCACGCUCGGCCUCCGCGCUAAUCCCUCCUCACCCACCCCCAACUACGCAGCAGGUUAUAUCAUCGGCAACUGGUUCCUCGCCCACGGAAUAUUCAACCCCCAAGCAGCCAUACGACGACUCGGGCAAGAUCACAACAAUGCUCCACGCGAGAAUCUGCUCAAAUACGGCGAAGCAGCCGUGCAAGCCGGCAAGAUCACCCGAGGCCAAAUGAACCGACUCAAACGGCGGGAAGCUGCCUACGAGAAUGUCAUCGAGGGGUUUCCGCUAUUUAUCGCCGGGGUCCUUCUCGCCCUUCACGCAGGUGUCCCGACCGAGAUAAUCAACUGGAUUGGGUUGUGGUUCUCAGUGAUGCGAGUGGCAUAUGCAACCGCGGCCGUGGCGAUUGAAUCGGAACAACUGAGCUUCGUGCCCUCGCUGCUGUGGUGGUUGGGCAACGUGAGUUGCCUUACGGCGUUGAUGUUGGCCGGGAAGAGGCUAUGA